AUGAAAGCAUUUAUGAUUUUAAAGAAAGAAAGAAGUUCAUAAUGACUUCAGUAUUGGGAUUGCAAAUAUUAUUUCGUUUCUGCGCACUGUUCUAAAAUUUUCUACUUAAGAGGUAGCCCAGCGAUUAAGAUGCAUGAUAUAGUGCAUACAAAUGGAAAAGACAUGCGUCUGGUUCCUGUCAUUACAGAAUUCUAACUGCUUCUCAUUCUCAGCCGAAGUAAGACUGGAUGACUAA